AUGCCCCCGACGCUCAACCGGACCUUCACCAAGCUCCUGACGUACAGCAUCGCGAUGGUCGCCGUCCCGUUCGCGGCGUACAAGCUCGCCGGGGACGUGGUGCUCGCCGGGAUGGAAGAUGCGGGUCAGAGGACUAUGUACGCGGGCGUCGCAGCCGUCGUCGGCGUCAACGCCGUGCUCGUGUCUUACGUCGGAUCCGCGCUGUGGGAGGACGGCGGAGGGACCGACCGGGGUGGGGGGGAGGAGGACGGGAAGAAGGACGACUGA